ACAAAUACCAGAUAUAGAAGGCCAAACCAAACUCUAGGAAAUAACUUUAAAAUACAUUAUUUUUUCAAAAAACGUUUGGAUCUAUAAAUUACAAUUAUAAUCUCAUCACAUCUGUCAGUGAAAUGAGUCAAAAAACAUAGGUUACCGUCAAUUUAUAUGUUUUCAAUUUCAAAUACUCGACGCUCAUUGGUCGUGACGAAAUCGUCUUCCUCGACAAAAUACGGCAUAUUUUCCUACAUAGCCCGCUAUAGGGAGUUGAAUAUCCUUCUUCUAUAUAUCCUUGCGCUGCCUGAACGCGCACAAUUUAAAAAAAAUGACAUUUAUGAUAUAACUAACCUCAAAUAGUUUCAGUUUCAGCGCCUUUUCCUGUUUUGAUUUGAAAGGGCUCAAAUUUGCUGUUUAUCUGUUUGCUUUUAUUUGCUUGUCUGUCGUCUCAAAACCGAGGAUUUCUCAAAAUGAGUUUAUUGUGGGUUGAUAAAUAUCGACCAAAGGAUUUUGCAUCGUUGGACUACCAUAUCCAGCAAGCACAGGAACUGAAAAACUUGGUAGAGCGCAGCGAUUUUCCUCAUAUGCUUAUAUAUGGCCCUAGUGGUGCUGGUAAAAAGACUAGAAUAAUGUGUAUUUUAAAAGAACUUUUUGGCCCGGGAGUGGAACGCUUGAAAAUGGAAAAUGUAACUGUUACAACCCCUUCCAAUAAAAAAGUUGAAAUUAUGACUGUUAAUAGUAACUAUCAUAUUGAGAUAAAUCCUUCAGAUGUGGGCAUAUACGAUCGCGUCAUUGUAAUGGAUUUGAUCAAAAAUAUUGCUCAAGGACAGCACAUUACUACCACAAACAAUCCCAGAGAUUUCAAAGUUGUUGUUCUCACAGAGGCAGAUAAUUUAACCAAUGAUGCCCAGCAUGCCUUAAGAAGGACUAUGGAGAAAUAUUCCAGUAAUUGUCGGCUCAUAUUGUGUGCCACUUCAUUAUCACCAGUAAUCCCAGCCAUACAAUCCCGUUGUUUAUUGGUGAGAGUACCUGCACCUUGUAUUAAAGAAAUUGUCAAUGUAUUACAGAAUACCUGCAAAAAAGAGGAUGUAAAUCUGCCUCUUCCCUUUGCUGAGAGCGUCGCAAAAGCAUGUAAUGGGAAUUUGAGAAGAGCAAUUUUAAUGUGUGAAGCAUGUAAAGUUGAAAAUAACACUUUUCAGGACGUCAGCAACAUUCCUCACCCCGAUUGGGAAAUUUUCAUACGAAAAGUUGCCAAAAGUAUAAUGGACCAACACAGUAUUUCUAACAUAAUGAAGAUUAGAAAUCAGCUAUAUGAAUUACUCACAAAUGGUAUACCUGCAGAAAUAAUUUUCAGGAAUAUUGUGGAAGGUCUUGUUAUAAGGUGUGACCCAGAAGUUGUUCCUUAUUUGGUAAGGGAAGCAGCUAUAUAUGAACACCGUAUGACACAAGGGAAUAAGCAUAUUAUACAUUUAGAAGCAUUUGCUAUUAAGGCUAUGUGUUUGUUUCAAAAAGCAUCUAUUGAAAGACAUAUUCAUUAAUUGUACAUUGUUUAUCUUCAGUUAUAUUUUUGUAAUAAAAUUAGCAGAAACAUUUGAAGCGCCUUUAAAAUAAAAAGUAUUCUUAAAU